AUGCCACGUGGGCGCCAGCACUCCCUUCAGUUGAGAGUCCCCACCAUCAGGUCGGUGGUGUCCCCGGCUCCAUCCUCCUUCCACGCAAGUUCCCCAGUCCAGCUGGUCCAGAUCUUGGAUGUGGCGUCCCAGGAGGAGUCCUCUAUUGCCCUGGGCCAAUGGUCCCGCGACCUUCAGUUGGAUGCACAGGCCACUACAGGAAAAGGCUGGUGGGUCGACCUUCCCCGCCGGCCGUUUGGCCUCACACCCAGUUGGGGGAGGCCUUCGUUUCCAUCCCCUCUGGACGACCCCCUUCUUCCCGUCCUAAAGGACUGGGUUCACGCUGAUGAUCGCAGCAGCCUCACCCGGGAGUUGGUGCCCCAGGUCGAGGCAAAAUAUAAGGAAGCUUUGGCCUCCCAGACCUCCCAGAACUCCGAGUCCUACUCCAAGUGGCUGGAAGAGGCGCAAAAUGAUCACCUCCGCCCCCUUUACCGCUCCCUUCGAGCUGACGAGCAAACCUUGGAACGGCCGUAUCGGGAGUUCACUCCCUUGGCGCGGCCCUAUAAACGGCUAGAAUUUUGGUGUGAGGUCUGGCAGGGUAACCUGGUGUCGCCAGCCCCGCUCCAAGGGGAAGUAUGGGAUGCCUUGUGUGACUUGGCCCGGGAGCAGGUCCGUUCCCUGCCCAAGCAUUCUGCUAACUCCGUCGCCAAGAUAUGCGCCGCGAAAAAUCCCAAAAAAGGAGGCCCGGACGGCUGGGAUUUCAACGAUCUUCGAGACCUGCCUCGGGACGCGUAUGCAAUCCUAGCCGACGUCUUCAACAAAAUGGAGGAGGACCUUGUCAUUCCCCUCCAAGUUUCCCAGGUCCAGAUUGUUCUUCUGGCCAAGAGUGCCUUGAAGGAAAGACCUAUCGGUCUUACAUCAGUCCUAUGGCGGCUUUGGUGUAAGACUCGGCGGUUCUUGGUCGGCCAGUGGCUGGACUCUUACAUUCCUGAUCACCCUUUUGACUCGGCGAUUCCAGGCCGUACCUCGUUGGACGUUGCCCUGGCCAGGAAAUGCUCUAAAGAGUCUGCCAGAGUCAAGGGCCUGCACACUGUCUCGUUGUUCGUAGACAUGAAUGGGUUUUACGACAGCGUUUCCUGGCAGAGGCUUUGCGAACAAGGCUUGCGGUUGUCCUUCCCAGCCUUGGCCCUGUGCCUCUCCCUUCGCCUCUACCAAGGAGGUCGCACGGUGGUAGGGGAAUCCCAGCCUAGUCCAACCAUCUUCCCAGGAGACCCCGACAUAGUCGACGUGGUCAAGGAUUUAGGCCUUGACAGUGGCAGUGGCAGGAGCCGAUACGGUUCAACGGAUACCAUCCUAGAUAUGACAGCCCACGAGGUCCAGGAUCCUUACCUUAUUGUGGUGACCCAGCACGUGGAGAGUCUUUUCAGGAUGAUGGCCAGAUGUAACCGCAUGGGCUGGGAAGCAGUAAAGGACACUUGGAGAGUGGUCUGGAAGCGGCUGGAGGCUGCGAAGCAUGGCUGGUCCGUGGUCACCGGACCCAUCUCAGCCAUGUGUCAGUACCUCCGCGACCUCCAGGUCGACGGCCACGAUCCUUCACGCUGGCUUUUUGAGGAACGUGUCCUUGAAAUUACGCCUUCUGAGGUUUCGAUUGUCUGUCAAACCUCGUCCUUCCUCACGGGCAUCAUCAAGACCCAGAGGUCUCGUCGCAUGGGUUCGGCCUCUUCGGCAGCGGGUGCUGGUGGAGGGGUCGACUGGACGGUCCCACGUCGCCUGCUCAAGUCAGUGCGGACCAAAACGACCCGGUACGCUUAUCGGGCAGUCUUCCAAGGGUCCAUUCUCCACAAUGGCAACGGUGGCAAGGCCAUCAAGUGUUACAGGGAGCUGAAAGCUGACCUCGAGACUCAGGGCCUGACGGUCAGCACCACCAAAACGGCCUUCAUCUGCUCAAACAAGGUCAAAGGCACCAGCAUCCGGGUAAGACUCUUCAACGGUUCCAUCCGUUCAUCCGCCUUGUAUGGGCAUGAGGGCGUUGGGGUAGCGCCUAAAAGGCGUAAGUGGUUUAGGAGUCUGCUCGCUGCGGCCCUGGGCCGACCCACACUUGCCAGCACCGACUCAUCCCUUGAGUUCCACUCGAACACGGUUGUAGACCCAACCGACACCAUCAUGUCACAACAUUUCAAGGCGGUGCGGCGGCUUCUUCUCAGCUGGCCUGACAGAGACAUCGGCAGAUUGCACCAAAGCUGGGACAAGCUCGGGCAAUGGCUGAGUGAAGCUGAACAUCCCUGGAAAAGGGCGGCUGGACCGCUUGGGGCCGCUUGGUGCUACCUUCAAGAGCUGGGUUGGGAGGCUGUCAGCCUCAGCAAAUGGCGCGUUGAAGGCAAGGUUCUUGACAUCCUUCAAGGACCUGACUUCCAUGCACUUCUUUUCCAGCUUAAACAGCUGAUCGACAAAAGGCGACACUGCCGCAUUGCUCAACUGGAUGGUGGCAAGGGACUGGAAACAGGACCGGACUGGACGACCCCCAGACGGCUCCUAAAGCAGGCCAACAAGCAGGAAAAAGCGGCGCUUCAAGCGUUGUGGCAAGGCGCAGUCAAGGCGUCUCCAACAGCCACGUGUUCCCUAUGCAACCAGCCAGCCACCAGGAAGCAUGUUCUCUGGGAAUGCCAAUGGUGGAAAAAGCAUGGUGAGCAGCCGCCUCGGUGGUGGGAAGACUACCCGGAGCAUCAAUCCACCGAUUGUCUUUGGAACUUUGGACUCAUGCCCAACCUGCCCAGGGAGUUUCCUCACAGAGAUUCCAUUCUAGAAGUCCGGGGAGUCCUCCGCAACCCCGAUCAAAUUCCUGAAGGCGCUUUUGCAGCCACUGACGCCAGUGGCGGCCCCACUACUGACCAUCGGCUUCAAAACAUUGUGUGGGGUUUGAUAGUCUAUGAAUGGUGUGGUGACACGCCCAAACAAAUUGGGUCCAUUGCUGGCCUUCUGGGCAAUGAGCAAUCAGUGUACCGCGGGGAGGCUAAGGCCAUCCAACAAGCGGCCCUUCUCCUUCCGAAGGGAACUGACGUAACCAGUGAUUGCAAAGGGGCAGUUGCACGUGCCAGGAAUGGAGGCGUUCCAUCAAUGCUGAAGUUGAUGCACUGGUGUCCAGGCCAGGAUCCCACCGCCUUGAAUCCUGCGGAGGGCACCCCAAGGGGUGACGUUACAAAGGCACGGCCCGAAGGUAAAGGGGGCCAUCCUCCUGGAGCCAAAGGCGAGAUCCCCUUCAAGCGACCCUCCAAGAAAGACAGGGACCGCCUGAAGCCACCCACGCCUCCCCCGGCAGACGGCGAGCACCCUCGACAAGCCGCAGUCGCACGCGCGUAUGCCGGGGAACAGCAGGAAUGCGACGCGUCCGGGGCGACCCAACAGCCCGACGCCCAGUUCGACUUACCAUGGCCCGAAGUGAAGUUCCUGAACCGCCCGAAGACGGUGAGAGCCGCUCACAUAGUGAGUUUCGCAGGCGGCCCACACGCACUUGAGCAAUAUCGGGAAGCUCGUGAGAUCCGGGACAAAGACAAGAACGAUCUCCAGCGAACCAGGUGCGCCGACACGAGAGACAGCAAAUGUCUCUUCGACGCAGCCCGCAUUGGCUUGUGCGAACCUCCGACGAGGCCCGCAGCAAGCCGGAGCGACCUCCAGCCGACGCCUAUGAAGCUCAUGUACACAAUGUUCACCGGAUCAUGUCAGGCCGAUCGGGAAGAUGGCAAGCUCAACCAGGAAACCUAUCGACAUGGGCAGGACCCUGGCAAUACCCUGGAGUUCACAUCCCACCACAAGGAGAACAACCGAACCGAUUCGGAGCCACCAGCCACGCGUUCGACGGGUCUCUAUCAGCUUCUGGGGACAGGCAUAGAGCCGCCGGGAAGCGGACUGGAGCCCGGGCGAUCGGCCGCGACAGACAUGCAUCAUGCGAGGUCAUCCGGCACUCUAUCAAACCACCGGAAAAGAAGUGCUAUUGCCGGACGGGAUGACAGGUGCAUAUUUUUCUACACGGCAAUGACCCGUGACCCAUUACGUUGGCGGCGACAUGAAUACCAGUCUGCAAUAUGGGCAGGAGGUUUGCAGAGUAGCCGCUGGGCCAGUAUGAAGUGCGGAUACGAGGAACCGCUACCGUUCGAUACUGCCACUGGCAAAGAGUACGUCGGCGGAUAG